AUGAAGUUCACUCUCGCUACCCUCCUUGCUACCGCCGUUGCCGCGGCCCCGGCACCAUCAAAUCUCAGCUUCACCAUGAUGUCGCUCCGAUCUGCCUCCCCAGUUCACUUCGGCUCGGUUAAUGCUUCCGGUCAGAAGUUUUACAUUGGCCUCGAGAAGCCAUCUUCAUACUGCCCAACUCCACCAGUUCCAGCCAGCUCCUGUCCAUCUGGCAAAUACACUUCGGUCACUUUUGGAAGCGGCUACUCCUCCUUAAACGUUGCUGUUCCCGGAGGCCAAAGAAUCUACAUUGCCCCAGAUGGCUCUUUGAGCUACACCCAGGCCCACAGCGCCUAUAUUCCACCAGGAUCCACCCAGGACGGGUUUAUCCUCGGACCCAAGAACAAGGACAAUGGCUUGAGGCCAAUCACCCACAAGAAGGGUGGCUUCGUCGCUUGCCCGGCUAAGAAGAAUGUUGGACCAUGGAAGGUGUAUGUUGGACAACCAGCUAGCAAGGACGUCCCAAGCGGCUGCGCUACUGACUGCUUGGGAUUCAGCAACCAGGCUGUCGAGUUCACUAGCGAGCAAUUCGGUGCUUGGCAAUACUAG